AUGAAUGAUUCUGGAAUCAAGCUGGUGCAGUUCACUCAAGUCCGCGACUGGAUUGACGGCCGUUAUAGCUGGGCAUGUCGCUUCUUCUUUCACGUGCCAUACGUGGAUGACAACGGCAAGAAUACGCAUGGGCCAUGCGCAAACAACCAGCCAUACUGCUUCUGCGUGGUCUUCUUUGCUGUCCGUUCGUUAGCAUCGAUCCAGUGGCAGACUCUACCUGCCCCACAGGCUUUUUGCUUUUACCAGAAACAUUUUACCAACCAAGCACCGCAAGAGUCGCAAAAUGACUCAAGAAUCCUUUUUCAAAAAUGCUGCUCAAGCAACAGUGUAUCAUUCGACAAUACUUUCGAUUGUUUCACCCUCUGGGUAUACCAGGCCAACAGCACCCUUACUCCAAUCGCCAAGAUGACGGAUUCUCUCAAACUCUCCGCCUAGAUGUUAUUCUUCGUACCUAUUGUCAGAUUCGGGGCUUUAGGGGUCUUCCCGUGAAUAUUUUUUGGGACAAGUACAUCAUGCAUCUCAACUUGAGCUUCCGGGAAAAGAGCCUGGCUGGGUUUCCCGAUGAAUCUACAUUCCCAGGACAAGUGGCAGGAAGCCAUCAGCAAAACCAUCCUUAGUUUUGCAGUUCGUUCAAGGACUCUCGUCACCAUCCCAUUUUACGUCGAUGUCAGAUACGAUAGCGAUGGAAGCUGG